UGUCAGCCUGCAGCAGUUUAAAUUGGGUGGCGGUGGUGGCAUGUCCUGUUAGCUGUGGAGUCUUUUCCUCUUAUCUUGCGCCUCCGGUUGUGCCUUAAUGACACUUUUGACAUUGUGUGUCACAACCAACUGGCAAAAACUAGUAAAUCACGGGCUCCAGACGUGGCAGCUCUGGCUAAGAUGCAGGUGGACGUCCUAGGUGCCCAAGGAGGUCGGGCGCAUUGGGGAGUCGGGUGAAGGAAACCCUGAAACCGAGAGGCUGGAAGCCCGACUUGCGCAGCAUAAAAACACCUUCUGGGGGAAAGCCUACAUGAGGUAGGGGUUGUCAUCCCCUCUCAUCUUGGCCAUCUGACUGAUGGAGAUUCUCAGGCACCCAGCAGACUGGGGUGUCACCCCCACCACCCACUGCCCAGGGCUGACCUCGGGCGGAAGAGCGACACUCAAAUAUUUGUUGCAUAUGGAGCAACAGACCAGGGUGGAAGAGAGAGAAAGGACUUUCCAGGAAGGGCCAGGCUUGCCAGGGCUUCUAUGCUUGGACUGCUCUGUCCCCAAGCUCGCUGGUGCCCAUCAGGAACCUGCUUGGCACCUUUGCUUAUUUCUUCGACUGUCCCUCAACUCAGAGGGGAGAGGCAAGAUUAUCACUCCCAUAGCCUAUAACAUGCACGCUUAAACACAACCCCUCUGACAUGGCUUCAGACCGCAUCUACAGGUGAAAAGUACCAAAUCCAAACAAUCAGGCCACAAACCCGUCAAGAGCUGGCCGGUCUGGCCGUCCAGUCGCCGCCUGCCUUGAGACUCAGCCUGAGAUAUAGCUUCGAAACUAGUCUCUAGCCUUGCUGGGUCUCAGCACAACUCUUGAGCAAUCCAACCCUGUGGCCGUGGGUAGAUGCCAAGAUGCACAGUUAGCACCUCCGACAGGACCGCGGCUCGGCGGGGCUCGCCGUCUACACGCCCAUUCCCAGGCCCACGGCCACGACACCCAGAGCUGCCUCGUGCGCUGGGCUCCCCGGAGUCUGGUGGCCGCCGCUCAUGCUGCAGUCACCGUGUGGCCAGCUGCCAAGCGCCACUACUUGCACCUGAAGUCGCAGCCCCGCGCUGCGCACCCAGUCGAGGCGCCAAGACGCGACCUGGGCGGGAGUGGCCGGCCCUCGGGGGAGCGAGAAACGAGAGGGUUCCCCCGACUCGCUGCCCAGACUGGCCGCGGGCUGGCGCAGCCACCCCAAAGCCUGCACCCCUGCUUCGCUCCUGUAUCAUUCCGUCCCCCUUGCUCCGUCAAACCCUGCCGGGGCUGCUCUGUCUCUGCCGACCCGCCACUUGCCCGAAGUUCGGCCUGGGGAGCUUGGGGCCCUGAGGAGCGCCGACGUAGGCAGCCAGCCAGUCAGUCAGAGGGUCACGGCGGCCCCUCGGCUACUCAGUGGCAGCCAAGCCAGAAAGAAGCAGCCGCCGGCCCUGGAGCUGAAUCCUACAGCCGACCUGACCUAGUAGGCCCCCAGCCCUCCAGAGCUUGGGGUAGUGCAGAGCCGCCGCAAGGCCUGCCGGGAGUAGUAGUUUGUAUCGUUUGCAGCCGGCCAGGGCGGAGCCGGGUGGGUUGGUGCGGAGGGCGGGGAAACAAGCCUGGACCACAACUCCCAGGAGCACCCGCGACGGCGGCGGCCUCGCUGACGCACUCAGGCUAUAGGGGGCGCAUUGGGCGGAAGACCCUGGGCCGGCAGGAACUUGCUUGUGAUUGGAUGUUGUGGGACGGCGGCUUCUCAUUCGUCAGCCUGUGGCUGUGGAGUUUGAAUUGGGUGGCGGUUGACUGUAGAGCCGCUCUCUCUCACUGGCACAGCGAGGUUUUGCUCAGCCCUUGUCUCGGGACCGCAGCCUCCGCCGAGCGCCAUGGCUCCUAGGAAGGGCAGUAGUCGGGUGGCCAAGACCAACUCCUUACGGAGGCGGAAGCUCGCCUCCUUUCUGAAAGACUUCGACCGUGAAGUGGAAAUACGAAUCAAGCAAAUUGAGUCAGAUAGGCAGAACCUCCUCAAGGAGGUGGAUAACCUCUACAACAUCGAGAUCCUGCGGCUCCCCAAGGCUCUGCGCGAGAUGAACUGGCUUGACUACUUCGCCCUUGGAGGAAACAAACAGGCCCUGGAAGAGGCGGCAACAGCUGACCUGGAUAUCACUGAAAUAAACAAACUAACAGCAGAAGCUAUUCAGACACCCCUGAAAUCUGCCAAAACACGAAAGGUAAUACAAGUAGAUGAAAUGAUAGUGGAAGAGGAAGAAGAAGAAGAAAAUGAACAUAAGAAUCUUCAAACUGCAAGAGUCAAAAGGUGUCCUCCAUCCAAGAAGAGAACUCAGUCCAUACAAGGAAAAGGCAAAAGGAAAAGGUCAAGCCGUGCUAACACCGUUACCCCAGCCGUGGGCCGAUUGGAGGUGUCCAUGGUCAAACCAACUCCAGGCCUGACACCCAGGUUUGACUCAAGGGUCUUCAAGACCCCUGGCCUGCGCACUCCGGCAGCAGGAGAGCGGAUUUACAACAUCUCGGGGAAUGGCAGCCCUCUUGCCGACAGCAAAGAGAUCUUCCUCACUGUGCCAGUGGGCGGCGGAGAGAGCCUGCGAUUAUUGGCCAGUGACUUGCAGAGGCACAGUAUUGCCCAGCUGGACCCAGAGGCCUUGGGAAACAUUAAGAAGCUCUCCAACCGUCUCGCCCAAAUCUGCAGCAGCAUACGGACCCACAAAUGAGACACCAAAGUUGACAGGAUGGACUUUUACUGGGCACUUCUGGGACCCUGAAGAGACUUCUUCCCUUCAGGCUUAUUGUUUGAGUGUGAAGUUCCAGAGCAAGGAGCCAUGUUCCUCUAGGGGAAUUCAGGAAUUCAGACGUGCUAUUCCCACACAGUUAGGUAGAGCUGUCUGUUCACCCUCCCAUCCCAGCUGAUCCCAGUCACUGCUUGCUGGGGCCAUGCCAUGGAAGCUUCCCAUCAUCAGUCUCCCAGCUGAAUCCUCCCUGCCCUCUGAGCUGCUGCCUUCUGCCUCCUGCAAAUCUACAUCCUCUUCGCCCUGCCCUGCCUGCAGUUGAGGGGGCGAAGAACCACCCUGUGUUCUCAGGAAGACUGCCUCCACCACCGCUACCCAGAGAACCUCUGAAUCUGGCAUUUCUGCUCUCUGUGCUUGAGACUGGGAGGUUUAGGCUCAGAUAAGUGAGCUCUGGGCCAUGAGAGGGUAGGUCCAGAAGGUGCAGGGAACUGUGCAGAUCAGCAGAGCAGGACAGUUGGCAGCAGUGACCUCAGUAGGGAACAUGUCCGUCUCCCCUCUCGCACUCAUCACACCUCCCCCUACCAGCCCUCCUCUUCCUCUUCCUCCUUCUGUGGGAGGUGCUAAAUGGGACUCUGGGAUCUUUCCCCUGCUGUGCCCAGCAGUUCUGAAGCCUGCCUGUGGAGCGGUGUUUUAUGUUUAUCCCUGUUUACUGAAGACCAAAUGCUGGUUUGGAGACAACUUCCAUGUCUUGCUCUUCUACCUCCCUAGUUAGUGGAAAUUUGGAUGAGGGAAUCGUAGGGCCCAGAUUCUGGAGGUUUGAUGUCAUUGGCCACAGAAUAACUGUCUCUAAGCUAUCCAUGGUCCAGUGGUCCCUGCCAAGUCUGUAGACUCUCUUAUGGGGCUCAUGGGGACAGGCGCAGGUGUGACUUGCUUGGUGGCCUCAUUCCAUGUGUGCCUGUGCCUGGGGCAUGGACUUUGUUAAGCAGAGUCAGCAGUGAGGUCCUCGUUCUCCAGCCAGCCUCUCUGCCCUGGAGAAUCAUGCGCUGUGUUCUAAGAAUUUGAGAACUAGCGUCCCCAUCCCCAGGCUUGAGGGCACACGGCUUCCUCACGUAGGGCUCUCUGGUAUUUGUCAUUAUUUUGCAGCAAGACCAUUUUAGUAACACAGUCCUGUUCAAGUUGUAUUCUUUUAAGUUCUUUUUAUUCUCCUUUCCCUGAGAUUUUCGUAUAUAUUGUUCUGAGUAAUAGUAUCUUUGAGCUGAUUGUUCUAAUCAGAGCUGGUACCUACUUUCAAUAAAUUCUGGUUUUGUGUUUUCUUUUGUAA